GUCAUACCUCGUUCUGGAGCUAGUCGUAGUAGAACGCAUUGCAAUGGCUUUCUGUGCGACGAGUGCAACUGCUCCGGUUAAAAAACACAGGUAUUAAAUCACGCAAAUAGUGGAAGGAGAGGAAGAACAAAAUGGCAUGGGUUCAAACCAGAGAGUUUAAAGAUUCCUAUGCUGCUGUGGUUGUAUUCAGGAAAUUAACACCAAAUGAAAAACCAGACUCCAGUGAUCUCUACUCCACACCCCGGCCCUUGGAGAUCCCUGAUGGGUUACUCAUCGUUGAAUGCUACUGGUUUGAAAAUGACUGUAAGCAACAACAGUGUGACUGUGAGGAAAACGAGAAGUCUGUGAAGAAGCUUGUUCACUUAAUAAAAGGAGAGCUGCAAACAGAGAGGAAGAACAAAAUGGCAUGGGUUCAAACCAGAGAGUUUAAAGUGUGUGAACAUGGAGGACGAAAUACAGAGAUCUGUAAACAAUUUACAAGGAAGAUUGAAGAAAAAGGAAAUUUUAAAGUAUCAGUUCGCACUGACAUUACGUCUUUUCUCUAUGUUCAUGAAGUUACCCGGGUUUUUCAUGACAUUAAGAGUGCACUGAAUAGUGCUGGAAAUAUCAAUUCCUAUGCUGCUGUGGUUGUAUUUAGGAAAUUAACACCAUAUGAAAAACCAGACUCCAGUGAUCUCUACUCCAGACCCCGGCCCUUGGGGAUCCCUAAUGAAUUACCCAUCGUUGCAUGCUACUGGUUUGAAAAUGACUGUAAGCAACAACUGUGUGACUGCAAGGAAAACGAGAAGUCUGUGAAGAAGCUUGUUCGCUUAAUAAAAGGAGAGCUGCAAACAGACACGGACAGCGGGUCCCCUAGCAGCAAGUCAGGCUGGUUGCUCAUCCUGGGAUUCAGAAACCUCUGGAACAGUGUUCAAGGACAGUCAUCUGCUCCGACAAGAAAACAAUCGAAACCGGAGCCACUUCUCCCUAAUCCAUGGCAUGAUGUUGAAUUUAGUGAUGAUGCUUACAUGAAACUUCAAGAAGAAAUAAAAAACCACCAACCACACCCUAAGACCCCCACAACAAAUAUUCUUAUUUCGGGCAGUGUGGGUUCCGGAAAGUCAAGCUUUCUGAAUUCUGUGCUCUCAGAACUCAGGAGAGAAGAACUCAAUGGCAGAGUGGAAAACAUUCAAGCCGUGAGACCAGGUGCACAAACAAGCGUCACACAGCAUCUAAGAUGCCACAAAUUCAAUGACAAGAUCAAAAUCUUUGAUACAGCAGGAUUUGAAUUGGAGAAAACAGUAACUACCAUGAUAAUAUUAAAGAAAAUCAUAGAUGGUGAAGUGGCUGAAGGCACAAAGUUUGAUGAUAUUCUGAAAACAAAAAGCUCAAUGGAAGGAGACAAAAUCCACUGUGUUGUGUUGGUUAUAUCAGUUCAUACCGAUGAAACUGUGGACCCAGCCUUGAUUCGGUGUUAUGAAGAAAUCAUUAGAAUGCUCAGAGAGACUGGAGUACCAUGCCAGCUGCUUGUUACAUUCGUUGAUGAACUUUUCGAGAAGACUGAGGAUUUGAAAAAUCUGUACAGGAGAAGAGAUAUAAAACAAAAGAUUGAAAUGUUAGCAAAUGAGAUGAGAAUUUCAAUGUGCAACGUCCUUGUGGUUUCAAACUAUUUCAAGGAGAUGAAAAUUAACCAAAUAAAAGGAACACUGCUGUUGGAGGCAGUUGGUCAAAUGCUGAUGGCUGCAAAACCCUUUCAAGAGAGAAUACCAGUGCCGAGACCAGUGCCAAGACCAGAGCCGAGACCAGAGCCACUUCUCCCUAAUCCAUGGCGUGAAGUUGAAUUUAGUGAUGAUGCUUACAUGAAACUUCAAGAAGAAAUACAAAACCACGAACCACACCCUAAGGCUUCCACAACAAAUAUUCUUAUUUCAGGCAAUGUGGGUUCCGGAAAGUCAAGCUUUCUAAAUUCUGUGCUCUCAGAACUCAGGAGAGAAGAACUCAACGGCAGAGUGCAAAACAUUCAAGCCGUGAGACCAGGUGCACAAACAAGCGUCACACAACAUCUAAGAUGCCACACAUUCAAUGACAAGAUCAAAAUCUUUGAUACAGCAGGAUUUGAACUGGGGAAAACAGUAAAGGCCACAAUAAUAUUAAAGAAGAUCAUAGAUGGUGAAGUGGCUGAAGGCACAAAGUUUGAUGAUAUUCUGAAAACAAAAAGCUCAAUGGAAAGAGACAAAAUCCACUGUGUAGUGAUGGUUAUAUCAAUUCAUAGCGCUGAAAAUGUGGACCCAGCCUUGAUUCGGUUUUAUGAAGAAUGCAUUGGAAUGCUCACAGAGACUGGAGUACCAUGCCAGCUGCUUGUUACAUUUGUUGAUGAACUUUUCGAGAAGACUGAGGAUUUGAAAAAUCUGUACAGGAGAAGAGAUAUGAAACAAAAGAUUGAAAUGUUAGCAAAUGAGAUGAGAAUUUCAAUGAGCAACAUUAUUGUGGUUUCAAACUACUUAGAGGAGAUGAAAAUUAACCAAAUAAAAGGAACUCUGCUGUUGGAGGCGUUUGCUCAAAUGCUGAUGGCUGCAAAACCCUUUCAAGAGAGAAUGUAGAGUAUCACCUGUCACACCUGAAGCACGCUGAGUGCAAUUGGUUAAUUCAUUGCUAAUCGGAGAAUAGUCACUUGGUAUAUAGGGAAGUUGAUUAAUUUGUUUGGAGAGAGACUGGGAGCAGCAGGAGGCUGUGGUACCAGAUACAAGAAGUAUCACCCAGUCAGCGCUAUCAAAGAGUUACUUUUUGUAUUUAUGAAAAUUCAAAUCAUACUCUUUGUACACUUUGUUAAAUCCAUUUCUAAACUGUCAGCUUUGCAUAAACAGAAAAAAAAUGCCAAUAAGCAGCUUUGAUUUAUUCAGCAUUUAAUCUAUUGUUUAAUCUAUCAUUUUAUGAAAAAAUAUAUUAAAAAUACUCCACUUGAGUACUCUUGUUUAAAUCUAGUUCUAACGUCAAUUAAUGGUCUUUGAAUUAAUCAGCAAUAACCUUUGCAUUAUAUGCUGGAAGUUCCUUAAACAGGUUUCUUAUUAAUAAGAGCUGAAACAGCUUGCAGAUACUCUGCAAUAAUGUAAAAGACUGGGGAAAAUGAAGAAUGUAAAUCACAGGUGGACAUGAGUCUUAGUUUUCAUAACAUCAUAAAUGAAAUGUGAAUGAUGUUUUUUUGAAAUAAAUAAAUAAAAUAUGCCUUUGUUUCCUAUUUACACAGCACUCAUGUUUGCUGUUGCUAUUGUGUUGUAUUGUAUUGUAUUGUAUUGUAUUGUAUUGUAUUGUAUGGUAUUGUAUUGACCAGUCUGUCUAAUAAGGGGGCUCAUUCAAACACCUUUCAAAUGUAUUAACUUCAGGAUGUUCACAUUACUAACCACUGAAUUUGAAAAUCCCAUCUCAUACAUUUCCCAUGUACUGUAAUAUAGCUUCCCUUAUAAAAUGGCUUGGAUAAAUUAAGUGCUGUGAUUGGCUGAACAAAAUCACAUGACUGUGUGGUAAUAAUUGUCUUACCGCACGGCUAUGACAUCACAGACCAACAGACUUACCUGAUCUAUUAAUAUUACUAUGCCUUAAUUGUAACAAUGAUCUAAACAGUGUUUCUGUAGGUAAAAAUGUCAACAUACAGCUGAAACAGCAUUUAAAUCACUCAACAAUCUUUUUUUUCAUCUCUGUCACUUAGAAUUACAGAAAAAUUGGCAAAUAUACUGUGGUAUUUAUUUAGUCAGAGAACAGAACAAAGAAAACUCUGAGGCAAAAGACAUCUGAGAAAUCACCACGCAAGUCUCACUCUGCAUGUAAUAUAUACAGUCACCUCCAAAAUUAUUGGCACCCUUGAUAAAGAUGAGCAAAAAAGGCUGUAUAAAAUAAACAACACAGGUAAUGAACUAUAUUUUAUGCUCAAAUAUAUGGGAAAACCAUAUUCUUUUAUUCUAAUACAAUUGCUCAGAGAAAAAAGUUUUUUUUAUUAACAAGUAAUAAAACAUUUUCUCAAAAAGAUAGGUGUCAGAAUUAUUGGCACCCCUAAAUAUUCUUAUAAAUAAAAUUUUAAAAAAAUUAAA